CCUGAAUGUGGCGCUUUUGUCCUGUAUGAACAUUUCAUGUGUAAAGUGAUAAUCGUGAUACUGAUGUAAUAAUUGUUAGAAGAAGGAUUCGAAUGUAUAGAAUUAUUUUUCCAUUUUAAGAAUAAGAAAAUUAAUGUAAUCGUAUAUUAAUAUGGCAGCAGCAGUAAAAGCAAAUUCUUCAACUUCACCUUCAGUUGAAUUAAGUUCAUAUCGUGAUCAACAUUUUAAGGGCUCAAGAGCAGAACAAGAUAGGCUUUUAAGGAAUUCUACAACUUUGUAUGUCGGAAAUUUAUCAUUUUACACGACAGAAGAGCAAAUAUAUGAAUUAUUUUCAAAAUGUGGUGAUAUUAGGCGAAUCAUAAUGGGUUUAGACAAAUAUAAAAAGACACCAUGUGGGUUCUGCUUUGUUGAAUAUUAUCAAAGGGCCGAUGCUGAAAGUUGCAUGCGAUACAUUAAUGGUACACGUUUGGAUGACAGAAUAAUUAGAACAGAUUGGGAUGCUGGUUUCAUUGAAGGUAGACAAUAUGGAAGAGGAAAAACUGGAGGACAAGUAAGAGAUGAAUAUAGAUCAGACUUUGAUAGUGGAAGAGGGGGAUAUGGUAAAAUUAUACAACAAAAAGUAACACCUAUUUCUGAUGGAGGCUUUGGACGUUGAAAUUUGAAUUGUGACCGUGUUCCUAUACACAAUGUUGUAUGUAUAAAUAAAUUAUAAUAAUAUUUGGUUAA